GGGUCUCCCCCUUCCCACAUCCUGGAUUUUGUUAAUUUGAACCAUCACAGAUGGACGAAAUCUGAUUGGUCUCACUGUAAAAAUGGACUAGAAGAGCAUUGUAUCUCAAAUAGAUGCUUUUAAGUUUUGAAGUUGCUCUUUAAAGCUCUUCUGAUCUUUUAGCAAUUGGGUCAGUAGAUCACUUGCCUCAUAGCUUCCUCUUGCUUUUCCUUUUCUUGUGUGAGUGAGAUUCAACGCAAGACUGAUGUCAUUCAGCCAUGGCCAAGGCAAGGCUUUGUUAGAAGUAUGGGUAGACAUAAAUUUUACACUUGAUUGUACAGAGAUGGGAUUGCUGCAAUUACCAGCAAUUGAGAAUGGAAAUUCUAUUUUGGAUCCAUAUGACUCAUGGCUGUUAAAGCAUCCUUCUGCCUUGGACGCAUUCAAACACAUGAUGAGCAUCGCAAAAGGGAGAAAGAUGGUAGUGUUUUUGGAUUAUGAUGGAACGCUCUCCGAUAUCGUGGAAAAUCCUGAAAAGGCUUUCAUGACCAAUAAGAUGCGAAUGGCAGUGCGUGAAGUUGCCAGUUGUUUUCCCACUGCAAUUAUAAGUGGAAGGAGCCGUGAUAAGGUGUAUGACUUUGUAGAACUAGACGGUGUUUACUAUGCUGGAAGUCAUGGAUUGGAUAUAGCAGCUCCAGUGCAGUCUAUGACCAAUGGAGAUCCCAAGCACCAAACCAGUGUUGCUGAUAGAGAGGGUAAUGAAGUAGUUAUCUUCCAACCGGCGAUAAAGUAUUUGCCAGCAAUUCAUAAGAUAUUAUGCGUGUUGAGUGAGAAGACUAGAAGUAUAAGAGGCGUCGUGAUCGAAAACAAUAAGUUCUGCAUUUCUGUACAUUACAGACAAGUACGUGAUGAGGACUUUUGCACCCUCGAAAAGCUGGUAAAUUAUAUACUUGAAGAAUACAAAGAGUUUCGCAUGUCAAAGGGCAAAAAGGUGCUUGAGAUACGUCCUGAUAUGGAGUGGGAUAAAGGUCAUGCUCUAAAUUACUUACUCGACACACUAGGACUCGGAGCUUCUAGUGAUGUCCUUCCUAUCUACAUUGGAGAUGAUCGAACCGAUGAAGACGCUUUUAAGGCUAUAAGGAAUAGAGGAGACGGCUAUCCCAUUGUUGUUUCAUCCACUCCAAAGGACACGAUGGCAUUAUUCUCUCUGCGUAAUCCGUCGGAGGUUAACAAAUUCUUGUUUCGUCUGGUCAGGUGGCGUAAAAAUUCUUCUUUAGACAACAAGGCUAAAUAUAGAAGGGGAAACGGAAAUGGUAUAAACUAUAAAGGAGUGGUGUCUGAAUUUAGAGGAUGGAACCCAAAGGGUGGACUGGAAAGGUGCCCAUAAACCUAUCCUACUCUAAUCUAAUGUGCAAAAAGGGAGAUACUUGUUUCUUUUUGGGGUGAAUUUUUUUAUUUUUUUAUACCAUUGCAGAAUAGUAUUAUACCUCCAUCCUUUUUAUCCAAUCAUGAUACGACCAGUGAGAUAUAUGGGGAGAAAUGGAUCACCAGGGAGCAGGAGAAAACUUUCAAGUGAAUCAUGGGCGAGCCUGUAAAAUUAUGGGAAGGCUGCCUAUUUCGUAUAGGUCUUGUUUUUAUCCGGUGUAAUGGGAUUCUGGGUUCCAAUUCUGCCAAGUAUAGUUGAUGAAUAUGUGCUACGUGCUGAAUGAAGGACUCUUGUUUCAGUUGUUUCUUUGGAACAUCAUGUACCUGAUCAAAUGGGAGCUUUGCUAGUGUUUCUUUUGCU